AUUGUAAUUAAUAUUAGAAGAUCCUGACAAAGUUCAGGAGCUGCAUGAAUUUCAGGAUUUAGAUAAGUCGUGAAUUACUGGCCUGCAUACAGAUUUCAUGCCCAACGAAACAGAAAGAGAGACACUUCAGAGUCUGGAGGCCACCUGAGACUACAAAACCGAGGAGGAAACGCUGAACUUAAGCAAGGGGAUGCUUAUGCCUUUAAACUCCGUUUGACCAAAACAUAGAUGUGAAAAAAAACAAGCGAACAUGGAAAGAAAAGAAACUGCUCAGUCCAUUCCAGCCCAGACCAGGACAAUGCGGCUAUGCAUAGGUAUCGCAGCCGCGUUGACUAUUCUUAUUCCUGUGAUAUACCAAGCCAUACCGAACGAGCACAAGUACAAGCCUGUGCGUUUGCUCUAUGAUGACGCUUUCUUAAGAAUGGAAGGUAUGAGGAAUCGCACACCCGCCUGGACGGCUUUCCGAGACAAGACCUUCGAGCCACUUCUUGAGGCUUUCCGGAAGGUGGCGCAUAACUCUACGGGUCCAACGCCAGCUUUCAGGAGCGGUGCCAUCCCGAAGUUCCUGCUGUGGUCGGAGCCCUUCAUUGCCAACUUCUGGAUGGCCCCGACCGAGGACGUGCGCAAAGGGCGAUGUCCGCUUCCUUGCGAGGUCACUUUCGACCAAAAGGAGGUAAGGAGCGCGGACGCCGUGCUCAUUUACAUCCGGUUUUUGCCGAAGCGGCCCCUGCAGCUGCCGGCGCUCGAGCCCCCGCGACCCCCGGCAGCCCUGGAUCGCGCUCAGCUUCGAGGCGCCUCCGAGAGCCAACAAAAACUUCUACGACGACUUCCACCUCCUCAACGGCGCCUUCAACCGCACCAUGCUUUACCGGCGCGACGCUGA